AUGCGAGUCCAAAGGUUUAUGAGAGGACUCAAGCCAAUGAUUGCUAGCAAUGUUAAGAUGACCAAUGUUGAAGUGGUUUGUUAUGCUAAGGUAUUGGAUAAGGCACUCGAAGCAGAUUACUUGAAGGAUCGGAUAUGGAAGGACAAUGCUACCAGAAGGGAGGCCAACAAAAACAAGGGCUUCCAUGAGGGCAAUAAGCGGAAAGCUAACGAAGGGCAGAACAGUGGCACUAAAAAGAGGACUAGAUCUCCGAGCCCAAAUAACAACAAUCACAACCAUCAUAACCACCACAAUAAUCGCAACAAUAACAAUAAUGAUCGUAACUGCAGGAAUCACCAGAACAACAGAGUCGAGCACCCCAGCUGUCCUAAAUGCUUGCGAUGA